CAAAAAAAAAAAAAGGGACGAUUCAACUUAAUUUAUUAUGAACCUAUGUUCAACCAAAAAUAGGUUUAAAUCUUAAUUGCGACCUAGUUAUAUAACAUGGUUCAGCUUCUCCUUUCAAUUAUAAUAAAUAAAAUGCGAUAAAUAAAUAAUGUUUGUCUGCCUUACCUUUGAGUCACAUCAUGACCUUCAUUUGACAGAAACAGUGGCGGCUCAUAGUGGGCCUUUGGAACUGAUAGAACACGCUGCUCGCUUUGGUCGCACUUCCUGCACUUUGUUAUUUUUCUUACCCAUCUUGAUAUUAAAUUUAAAUAUAUACUUAUCUUGCUUUCAACGUAAAAAGUGUAACUAACAAACGAGUAAUCUUGCUGGUGUGUCAAAAAAGCGGUGUGUUACUUCCAUUGCUUCCCGUUCGCGUUCGAAUUCGGAAGUGUGGAAAGUGCUAGAACGUGUCAAAACGUGGUCUGUUGGAACCGCGGAAAAGUAUCGUGAGAGAAAACGUUUCACGCACAAGAAUAUUCGUGUCGAAUUGAUAUUCCAAGACUCAUUGGGGCACGUGUAUAUAAUAAUAAUUGUGAGAACUCGAAAUGUCACAGAAAAUGGUUUUGUUGCAUUGUUAUCGUCGUGGUUGCGGAAAGAAAUUCGAUCCCAAUGAUAAUAAGGACGACGAUUGUGUUCAUCAUCCGGGUCAACCUGUGUUCCAUGAUGCGUAUAAAGGCUGGUCUUGUUGCAAUAAGAAAUGUAUAGAUUUUACAGAAUUCUUAAACAUUAAGGGUUGUACAAAGGCCACGCAUUCAGAUGAAAAACCACCAGAGCCAGAGAAACAAUCCAUUGAUAAAUCUAAAGCUCAUGAAAUAAUAGAAGUUGUCUCCAAAUCAGCAAUUAAUGAUUCGACAUUGAACAGGCCUUCUUUUGAUACACCUCAGCUACAGUUGUCACCCACAAUAUCUCCAACUCUGUUGGAACAAGUCAAAGGAUUGACAGCUUUAGAAAACAAGCCAAUACUAGGUGAAAUACAAAUAGGACAAAAUUGUAAAAAUAAUUCCUGCAAAGUUACUUACAACGGUGAGGAUUCCAAUGAGGAAGUUUGCAUUUUCCAUCCUGGAGUACCAAUUUUUCACGAGGGAUUGAAAUACUGGUCCUGUUGUCAGAAGAAGACAACGGAAUUUUCUGUGUUUCUGGAACAACGAGGUUGCUCUCUGGGAAAACAUGUAUGGUUUUCUAAGGAUAUAGGAAAAAAAGUACAAUGUAGGAUGGAUUGGCAUCAAACAGGCACAUUUGUAGUUGUUUCUGUGUAUGCAAAGAAAUAUCUACCCAGUCAGUCGGCUGUCAAAUUGAAUCCUGUCCGUCUAACUGUAGAUUUGUUCUUUAUAGAAGAAAAUUCAAGAUAUAAUCUUGAUAUAGCUUUGAGAGGAAUUGUUGAUGUUAAACAAAGUAGUGUGAAUAUGUUACCAACUAAAGUAGAAAUCAAAUUAAGAAAAGCUGAGCCUGGCUCGUGGUCAGAAUUAGAUAUUCCAAGAAAGGAAGAAUCAGAAGCUGAUGAAAGCAACGAAAAUGUUACAAAUCUUAAUGCACAAGUGGAAGCUGUAGACCUCAGUGACCUUUAACUGUUUGAUAAUUUUAUGCUAACUGGGAUAAUUUGAUUUUCUAGAAACAUUUAUUUUUAUCUAAGAAAUAAUAUCAUUGUAAUAUCAAAAUAUUUGGUCAGGGUAAUCUCAAAUACACUUUAUGUUUGGUAUUACAAUGAAAAAAUAAAUCUAAUACCUUCACGGAUUUACAAAAGAUAAUAUGAUCUCUAUUAAGUUAACUUUUUAGGCAUAAUGAUUUAAUUUUGCAAGAAAUUUGACAAGAAAUGAUAAUUUUGUUAAAAAAGAAUUAAACUUAUAUCUUUUAAGUUAAAUACAUAUGCAUCUGUAAAUGUAACAAACAUUUUUAUGAGAUCUCGUGAUUUAGUCUUUACUUAAGUUUUUGUCAGUUUCCUAAAAAAAUAAAUUAUAAUAUUUCA